AUGUAUAAUAAUGCUUAUUUGACAUCGAAUGAAUCCGGCUAUUAUAGUUCUACUGGUGACAGAAAUGAUGAAAUUCUUCGAUUUAUUAUAAUUCGUCAUGGAGAACGUGUUGAUAAUACGUAUGGUGUUGGCUGGACACGAUAUGCAUUUAAUUCUGCUGGUCAAUAUUAUACAUUUCAUGCAAAUAUGCCAUCAGCAUUACCUUUUCGAGUAAAUUGGCUAGAUUAUGAGAUAGAUACACCAUUGACUCUUAAUGGUUUACAACAAUCAUGGAAUGUUGGCAAUGUUCUUGGUCGACAAAAUGUACCAGUAGUAGCUUGUUAUUCGUCACCUGCUUUUCGUUGUAUUCAAACAGCUGAUCAGAUUCUUGCAGGCAUGGGUAGAAAAAUGCACAUUCCAAUACGACUUGAACUUGGUCUAUUUGAAUGUUCAUCUUGGUACGCUCAAUCACCAAUUAAUUUUAUGUCUUUUCAAGAAUUGAUCAAUGGGGGUCAUAAUAUUGAUACAUAUUAUCGUUCUCAUUUGAAGAAUCUUCCAACAUUAGAAGAUGAAUAUGAAUAUUAUGACCGUUCAAAAGAGACAAUGAAAAAAAUAAUUAAAUUGCAUAAAAAAACAGGUGGUACAAUUUUAAUUGUUGCACAUGCACCUAGUCUUGAAGUACUCACACGUCAUUUAAUGAAUGGACAACCAAGACCUGAACAACUUUAUGAUCUUGCAGGUCAAGUUAAUUAUUGUAGUAUGACUAUUGUUGAUAGAGAACCAGUUUCAAAAUCAUGGCAAUUUCGUUAUUCACUCAAUGAACAAAUCAAUUGGCAACAACAAUUACAACAAUUUAAUAAUGCCUUAUAUCGUUCCGCAACAGCAUCUCAAUUCUAG